AUAUAUAUAUAUAUAUAUAUAUGCGUGUGUUUCUAUACCUAUGAAUCAAGCAUUGCUUUAUCGUUUUAUUAUAUUCGAAACCGACCUUACCAGCAGCUUUCGUCCUGGCCUAUCAAGUGUUUCCCUCAGAGUAAGUAUACCGGAACCCACUUCCUUACCAAGUUUGAAACUUUUCCCAAAAGCUAGCUUUCUGGUUCCAACUUGAACGUUUCAGAAGCAUCUGCAGAAUUUUUCAUGGCCAAAACUUCAUCAAGUUCUCUGAUAUGCCAAAAGAAGAAGAACCAUCGUCAUCCUCAGCCUCUGAUUCCAGGUCUUCCUGAUCCACUGGCCCAAUCCUGUCUCUCUCUCGUCAAAGAUCCUUCUCUUCUAUUCUCUGUUUGUCAUUCAUGGCGUCGUCUUCUUUACUUACCUUCCUUCCCUCCUUUUCUCUCUCUCUACGCUUUCCUUUCGUCUUCAACCCCAACCCCGCCGAUAUCAUCACAGUUCACAAGGUUGCCUUCAACUAAUGUUCAAAUCUUCACUUUUGAUCCGAUCUCUUCCACGUGGCAUCCUCUUCCUCCACCGCCGCUGGACCCACCGCUUCAACUCCUCCUCCGGCGGCACCCGUCGUUCAUCUCCCGGAACCUUCCGAUCCAAUCCAUUUCCGUCUCAGGAAAACUCAUCCUCCUCGCCGGUUCCACCCACGACCUCCAUGCCGCGCUGUCUCGCCCUCUGAUUUUCGACCCCAUUUCUCAAAAUUGGAGCUUUGGCCCCACCCUCAACACUCCUCGCCGGUGGUGCGCCCUAGGAGCGUCCCGCGGCUCCGUCUACAUAGCUAGCGGGAUCGGCACCAAGUUCUCCUCCAACGUGGCUCGGUCCAUGGAGAAGUGGGAUUUCACGAGAAACCCUAAUGGCGGUGGCGAGUGGGAGAAGAAGAGAGAUCUGAGACACGGGAGGUUCAGCAGAGAGGCCAUUGAUGCAGUGGGAUGGAGAGGGAAGCUGUGCAUGGUGAACGUGAAAGGCGACGCUGCGGCGAAGGAAGGGAUUGUGUACGACGUUGAGAGGGACACGUGGCAGGAGAUGCCGAGAGGGAUGUUGCAUGGAUGGAGAGGACCGGUGGGUGCUAUGGCGGAAACGGUAAUGUACGGAGUCGAUGACGCCAACGGUGCUCUGAGAAAAUAUAACGAAGAGAAGGACGCUUGGGAGGAGAUAAUCAUGGAGUCUGAGAGGCUGAGAGGGGCGGAGCAAGUGGUUGCUGAAGGAGGCAGAGUGUGUGUCGUUUCCGGUGGUGGGAUUUCUGUGGUGGACGUGACAGCCGCUCCGGCCAGGAUCUGGGUGGUGGAGUUGCCGGCGGGGCUUGAAGCUGCGGCGGUUCAUGUUCUGCCAAGGGUACCUCAUACCGGCACCCUAUAGCUCUCUCACAGCUUGAGUGUUUUUAGUUCUUUUUUUUUCAUUUUUUUUUAAAUAUUUUUCUAAAUUAACUGAAAAGUGAAAAUGAAAACUGAAAAGGGAUUUUGAUUUCUUC